GCUUCCAUAACCCUUUUAUUCCCCUUUUCUCUUCUCCCAUUUUCUCUCCGUGAAUUCUCUUAUCUGAAGCUCUCUCUCUCUCUGCGGACUGUAGUCAUGUCUGACGAGGAGCACCACUUCGAGUCAAAAGCCGACGCUGGAGCUUCAAAAACCUACCCUCAGCAGGCUGGUACCAUCCGCAAGAACGGUUACAUUGUUAUCAAAUCCCGUCCAUGCAAGGUUGUUGAGGUUUCCACUUCUAAGACUGGAAAGCAUGGUCAUGCUAAAUGUCAUUUUGUUGGAAUUGACAUCUUCACGGGCAAGAAGCUUGAAGAUAUUGUUCCCUCUUCCCACAACUGUGAUGUUCCUCAUGUGACUCGUACUGACUACCAGCUGAUUGAUAUCUCUGAGGACGGAUUUGUGAGCCUGCUGACUGAGAAUGGAAACACUAAGGAUGACCUGAGGCUUCCAACUGAUGAGAAUCUUCUCACACAGAUCAAGGAUGGAUUUGCUGAGGGAAAAGAUCUGGUUGUGAGCGUCAUGUCAUCAAUGGGAGAGGAGCAGAUCUGCGCCCUGAAGGAUAUCGGACCCAAAUAGAUUGUCCUUUUGUUUAAGGGCCUUGAAGCCUGAAACGAGGCAGGCAGAUAUUAGUUUUUAAUUUGGUGAGGUUUUCUGCUAGUUUGCUUAUUGGAGGUUAAAGGAUCUUUUUUAUUUCCUUUACAAUUUACUACAUGAACCAUACCUUGGUUGUUGGUGUGGAAGGGUUAUAUUCACCUGACUGUAUAUACGCUUCCUAGCACCUGUCUCAAACCUUAAAUUACCUUUACAGUUUUUGGGAUCCGUUUUUAUUUAUUUUCUUUAUUUGUUUACCCUUUUGAAACAUUGGUUAGCAGUGAAUGGGCUAAGGGGGUAGCCUCUGGAUCUAUCAAAUGUUGUGGCAUUAACUUUGAUACA